AUGGCGGACGUUCGAACACAGUCACACCAGCUUAUAGUGCAUCCUCAACGCCAACACGAAGGCGGCAUCAAAGUCCUUCACUCCCAGUCUGGCCCUUCUUCCACUCAGGUUCUAGCCGUGGUGGGUGGUGUACCGGUUGGAGGGGCGCUACUGCUUCUAGCCGGUUUGACAUUAGCCGGUUCGGUCAUCGGUUUAAUGCUAGCAUUCCCGUUGUUCCUCAUCUUUAGUCCGGUGAUCGUACCAGCAGCGUUUGUGAUUGGUCUAGCUAUGACUGGAUUUUUUACGUCAGGGGCAAUAGGUCUCACGGGACUAUCAUCGAUGUCGUGGGUGCUCAACUUCUUCCGUAGGGCAAGGGAGCGUAUGCCGGAGGAGCUGGAGGAAGCGAAGCAGCGUUUGGCUGACAUGGCUGAGUAUGUGGGACAGAGGACUAAAGAUGCUGGACAAACCAUUGAAGACAAAGCUCAUGAUGUCCGAGAGACCAAGACUCAUGAUGUCCGAGACCGAGACACCAAGGGUCAUAGAGGAGACACCAAAACUACUCACGAGGUCCGAGUGGCCUCUACGUAA